AUGUCCCAACAGACGCAAAUUUGGGGUUGGGACAUCCACAUUCGACCGGUGAGAAAUGCCGACAAGUCCAAGUGUUCGGCGGACAACCUCGGCCCUGCUGCCGAUGUGAAUGCUGCGGCAGCUAUGUGCUUCGUGGCAGAUAUCGCAUCGGCAGUGAAUGCCGGUGACUCUCGUUCCGACGCUGCGGUGGACGCGGGUAUGUCCAAGCAGCGCGACCGCAGAGCGUUUUGCAGUCACGACUCUUGGACAAGAUUCACGUCGACAGGCAUCCUUGGCGGUCGCUACAAGCAUCGGCUUCAGUGUGGCAUUGAAGGCAUUGUACAACACCAAGUGAUCUACAUCAUCUCCCUGGUACUCCAACCCCCGUCACUCUCCAAGGGCGCCAAAAAUGCCCGCAAGAAGUCAGCCAACCAAGAUGCCAUGACUGCCUCCAAGUAG